AUGUCACCAAAACAUGUUGUGCAAAAUAAUGAUGUUGCAAUUAUAGGUAUUGGUUUUAGAGCACCAAGUGGUAGUUUAACAAAAUCGAUCUCAAAUACAAAUCAAUUUUGGGAUAGCUUGGUAAAUGGUUUCGAUGGUAUUGUAGAAACAUCUGAAAGGUGGUCUAAUAACUAUAAUGUCACUGGUGAUAUUUCUUCCAAAUAUUCUGGUCUUAUACCACUUGAUGAAUGGAAGUCAUUUGAUCCAAUUUUCUUUGGCAUCAAUCCAAGUGAUGAACAUGUCAAUACAAUUGAUCCACAACAAAGAUUACUGCUAAAGUGUACAUGGGAAGCAUUGGAGGAAAGCGGUAUUGAUCCAUUAACAUUACGAGGUUCAAAUACAAGUAUAUAUUUUGGUGCAUCAACUACAGAAUACGAUUCUAUAAAUAGAUCACAUUUUGAAACCCAAAAAAACCUUUUUGGUUAUUCACUUCAUUCAAUAGCAAAUAGAGUAUCAUACUGCUUUGAUUUUCGUGGCGAAUCUAUGACAAUUGAUACUGCAUGUAGUUCAUCACUAAAUGCAAUACAUCUUGGUUACAAAUCUAUCAAAUACGGCCAAUCUGAUGUAUCUAUUGUAGGUGGUGUUAGUUUAAAUCUUGAUCCAAUAGAACUAGAAGGUAUUUCAAGAGUGUUCAAAGAUACAAACAAACAAGUUUUAGUCGGCUCCAUUAAAUCAAAUAUCGAUCAUUGUGAGGCAUCAUCAGGGGUAAUUUCAAUCAUCAAAUGUUGUGUAAUGUUUAAAAACCAUUCAUUUGUUCAAAAUAUCAAUUUUAAAUCACCAAACCCAGUUAUCAAAUUCGAUGAGUGGCGUCUAAAAGUUGUAACUGAACCAACACCGUUUAGCAACAAUAGCAAAAAUACUACUAUGGCCAUUAAUAACUUUGGAGUUACUGGAUCAAAUUGCUGUGUUAUUUUAUCAGAAUAUUGCACAAAAAAAAAUCAAAACUUAAAAAUAACAAAUAAAAAGUAUUUAAUACCAUUCUCAUCAAACUCAUCAACAUCACUUGACAAAUACAAACAAAUUAUUAUGGAUCAAUCAGACACAUUAGAUUUCAAUAAAUUUGCAAACAAUCAAAUUAAAUUUAAAUCAACAUCACUUGUUCAAAGAUCAGUUAUUAUUGCAAACAACUGGAGUGAUUUCAUUGACAAAAAAAAUGAAAUAUUAUCAAAUUCAAAUAAAAUUUCCAACAUUUCAGUUAAAAACAAAAUUCCGUUUACAGUUUUUGUAUUAUGUGGCCAAGGAUCGCAAUAUAAUCGAAUGGCAUUAGAACUAUAUGAAAAUGAAACAAUAUUCAAACAAUGGGUAGAUAAAUUCGAUAAUGAACUAUUCAAAUACUAUGGGUACUCUGUAUUAGAUAAGCUAAGAUCAAUCGAUGAUAAUGAUAUGAUAUCAAUACAUGAGCCAAUUCUGGCACAACCUGCAAAUGUAAUGAUUCAAGUAUCUUUAUUUGAACUAUAUAAACACUGGGGUAUCAAAGCAGAUUUAAUCGUUGGUCAUUCUCUUGGUGAAGUAUCAUCUCCAUAUUGCUCUGGCAUGAUUGACUUUGAAACAUUAUGUUAUUUAGUUUACCACAGAUCUAUUGCUCAAAAUAAAACAACUGGUAUUGGUAGAAUGCUAUCUGUAAAUAUAAGUGCUGAAGAAUAUAUAUCAAAUUAUUCAUUAAAAUACCCAUCAAUUGAAAUUGCUUGCUACAAUUCACCAUCAUCAAUUGUAAUCGCAGGUAAAGAAGAUUUACUAAAUGAAAUUGCAGCUGAUUUAAAAUCAAAAGAUAUAUUUUGUUCUAUGCUUGGGUCACUAUCAUCAUUCCAUACAUCAGGCCAAUUAGUUAUUAAAGAUGAAAUAUGUUCAAUGAACAUUACAUCAAAACAAUCAACAACACCAGUUUUUUCAACAGUUACUACCAACUUAUUUAAUCACGAAACAACUCCAUUCAAUUCAGAAUAUGUAUUUGAAAAUAUUUUACAACCAGUAAGAUUCACUCAAACUAUUUCAAACAUUUAUAAAUAUAUUGAAGAAAACAACUAUGGCAACGAAGUAACAUUUAUCGAAGUUGCACCACAUCCGACACUAUCAUUCUAUUUAAAUCAAAUGAAAUCAACACAAUCAUUAUAUUUUAAUAAUGGAGAUAAAAUAACUAUUCACUCACCACUACACAAAAAGAAAAAUGACUAUGAUGAAUUUUUAAAAACAACUUCAACACUUUAUGUAAACCACUCAUUUAAUAUUAAUUUUAAAUCACAACUAGAUCAAGACAACAUACUUUCAGCCAAUUGUUUACCAUUAUAUCAAUGGGACGAUAAAUAUUAUUUCAAACAAAAUCCAAAAUGUGAAAAGAUAAAAAAAGAAGGACCUCCAAAUCAACAUCUUGGUAACAAAAGAGAAUCACCAAUUAUAUUGUAUCAAACAAUUAUUAAUACUAAAAAAGAACCAUUCCAAUGGCUAAAAGGACAUAUAGUAAAAGGCAAGAACUUCUUCCCAGGGUGUGGAUAUAUCAUUAAUUUGUUCAACAUCUAUCCAAAUCAAGAUAUUACAAUCAAUUCAAUUGAAUUUAAAACACCAAUAAUUUUACAAGAUGAUGUUAAUCAGUGUCUACAAACAACCAUUUUUACACUUUCAAAAAAUGAAUUCAGUGUUAAAUCACACUUUAAAGAUACAACUUCAAAUCAUUGGGUAUUGUGUUCCACUGGUAACUUUAGUUUAUUCAAACAUGGUAACGAAAUAAACCGGAUCAAUAUUGAUGAAAUAAGAAAUAGUUGCAACUUUACUAAACUAUCAAAAUCAGAUCUUUAUGAAUCAAUUAAAAUCAAAACCGGGUUAACAUACAAAGGCUUAUUCCAAGGUGUCAAAGAAUGCUAUAUUGGUGAUAAUUGUUCUCUAUCGAUUGUAUCAUUAAAUGAAAUUCAAAAUCAAAAUGAAUUCAAUCAUUUACUCAACAACGAUACAAUGAAAUCAUUCUUUAAUACUGCAAUACUUGAUACAUGUUUACAUGGAAUACUUAGUUUUAUCAAACAUCAAUGCCAAAUUGUAUUAGAUAAAAUCGAAGGAUUUAAAUAUUACUCUUCAAAUAUACCAUCACCAAACAAUCAACAACAUUCUGAAAUAUAUGUAUAUUCUGAAAUGAAAUCAAGAAUCAAUUUAUACUCAUACUCUGGAUCCAUUCAAAUAAUGUUAAACGAUGGCACAUUAUUAAUUGAAAUAACAAAUGUUAUUUGUACAUCACUUACACCAAUCAUUGACAAUACCAUAAUUAUCCCACCACCAUCCAAUGAAAUAUAUCUACCAAUUCAACAAUCAAAAGACUCUAUCAUCAAUAAACCACAAUCAUUCAAACACUUGUGUCAAUUAGAAGAAUUGGGGAUAGAUGAAAUAUAUCUUCAUAAAGAAACAAAAGAACAUUUAUUAUCAUUAUUUUAUUAUAAAAUUAAUCAAAGACGUCCAAAUAUCAACAGAGAAACAUUAUCAACAAUGGAUUAUAAUCAAUUUAAACAAAUGUACCAUAACGAUGAAAUAAAUGAAAAUUUAUUUUUCUUUAUUUUCGAUAUUUUAAAAAAAUAUAAUAGUUUAGGUAUCAAUAAACAAUUAAAUGAAUUCCCUGACCUUAAUAAUGAUAUAAUUUUAAAAAUUGUAGAAAAAACAACAGCAGUUUUUGCAAAACAAAUAUUCCCAUUAGAAGAUGAUGAUCCAAACAUAGACUCUCCUCAAUCAUUAUAUGAACAUGGAUUAUUAGAUCACUUUUAUCAAAAAUCAAAUAUUAUUAAAACAAUAAACAAUUUACUAAGUGAUAUUGUUUCAGAAUCAAUUAAAGCAAUUAUUAAUGAACCAAUAGUAUUCAGAAUAUUAGAAUUUGGAGGUGGUUUAGGAACGUUAUCAAUUCAAAUGUUAAAUAAACUCCAAAAGCUUUUAAAUGAUCAUACAACAUCAAAUAUCGAUAUAGAAUACACAUGGAGCGAUAUUUCAGCAUCAUUUUUUUCAAACAUUAAAGAAAAACUUUCAAAAAUCAAAGGUGUAAAUAUAAUCUAUCGUACUUUAGAUUUAGAUAAGUCAUUUAAAGAUCAAGAUUUAAAAGCAUCUUAUUACGAUAUGGUUGUGAUGUCUAAUGUAUUACAUGUUGUAAAACAACUUAGAUUCAGUUUAAAUGAAAUUCAUAAUAUUUUAACACCAAAUGGUCAAAUUAUUUUUAUUGAACCACCAUAUAAAUCAUUGUAUACUGAUUCAAUAUUCGGUGUAUUCCCACAAUGGUGGCCAUCCCCAGAAGAUAUAGACAUCAGAAAAGAUAGAAGCUCUAUGAAACAAGAAAAUUGGUACAAAUUACUAAAAGAAUGCAAUUAUAAAGAUACAGCAAUAUCGGGAAAUGAUAAUGAAUUAUUUUUAAUUCAAACAAGAAAAUCAAAUAUAAAUGAAAUGGUAUUAUCAAAUAUAUAUUCAUUGAAACAAUUAACAACACAUGACAAUAUUAUAUUAUUUGGCAAUAGUAAAGAAGGUACACAAAUCACUGAAUCAUUCAUAUCAAAUCAACUAUUAAGUUUAAAAAUAAAACAAAUCGAUAACUUAAAUGAACUUAAAAACUGGAUUAUUAAUUCAAUCGAUUCAAUAAGACAAAGAAAAACAUUAAUUAUCUUUAUGAAAGCAAUUGAUCCAUUAGAUAUCAAUAAUUUUAAAGAAAUAACAUUUGAAUACAUUCAAAUUAAUCAAAUGUUUCUUCAACUUGAAAUUGAAAUAUUUUUUAAACAUGUUUUAAUAUUAUUAAAUUCAACAUCAAACAACUAUUUAUCAUCAUCAAUCAAUGGAGCAGCAAAAUAUUUCGCAGAAUUCCCACAAUUAGAUCUAUAUUCAUUAGAUUUCGAUAAUAUUUCAAUUCAAAAUGAAAAUAUACUAUCACUUAUCGAUAUAUUAAUAAAUCCAAUAUCUAAUAUUCAAAGAGAAUUCACAAUUAAAAACAAUACAGUAUAUUAUGAAAGAUACAAAAAACAAACAAAAAUAAAACAAUCAUUUACAUCAAACUCAUUCGAAACAAAUAAAGAUAAUUUAAUGAUUCAACUUAAUCCAAAUUUAGAAUAUGUAUUAAAAACUAAAAAACAAGAAUUAAAGCCAAAUGAAGUUGAAAUUCAAAUAAAAGGUACCGGUAUCAACUUUAAAGACUAUCUAAUCUAUGUUGGUCAAGUAUCAAAUAGUGUUGAUAUCCAUUAUGGUAAAGAAGAAGAAAUUGAAAACGGAUUAAAUCAAAUGCCAAAUAUUGGGAAUGACUUUAGUGGUAUUAUAACACGUUGUGGCAACAAUGUUAAAAAAUUAAAAAUUGGAGAUGAGGUAUUUGGGGUUUUUUCAAAAACUAGUGGAUCACAUAUUAUAAUCGACCAUAGAUUUGUUUCUUUCAAACCAUCAAAUAUCUCACAUUUACAAGCAGCAUCUAUUCCAACAGUUUAUGUUACCGCAUUACACAGUAUAUACUCUAUUGGUAAUUUACAAGAAGAUCAAACAAUUUUAAUUCACUCAGCAGCAGGUGGUGUCGGUCUAUCAUCAUUAGAGCUAUUAAAGUGUAAACAACACAAAGGUUAUAUAUUUUUAACAGUCGGUUCAAAAGAUAAAGAAGAAUACUUGAUCAAUAAAUAUGGCUCAUUUAUUACUGGUGUAGAUUUAAUAUUAAACACACUUUCAUCAGAAUAUAUGGAUUCAAAUUUCCAAUGCUUAAAUAGCCAUGGUAAAAUUGUAGAUCUUUCAAUUACACAUUUAACACCAAAUGAUUAUAUGACAAACAAUCACUUUAAAUACAACUAUGGAUAUAAUAAUGUAGAACUUGUUGAGUUUUCAGGACCAUUUCUUAAAAGUUUAUUAAAAAAAAUAGUCAAAUUGUUUAAUUCAAAUAAAUUAGAGCCAAUUCCAAUCAUUGAAUAUUCAAAUGAUCAAUUUAAAGAUGCAAUCGAAUAUAUUAAUGAAAGACAACAUAUUGGUAAAAUCGUUGUAAAUCAUGAUAUAGAUAUGUUAUCAAGAGUAUAUAAUGAACAAAAACAAAGUGAUUCAAUUAUUAUGAAGAACACUUAUGAUAUAUCAAGAUUAGAUAUCGGUAAAAACAUAUUAGUAACAGGUCAAACAGGUAUUAUAUUAGAUAUAAUGAAAUGGCUUGUUAAAUAUUCAAACAAAUCAAUCGAUAAUAUUAUAAUUUUAACAAAAUCACCAUUGAAAUGGGAAUUAGAACUAUUAAUCAAUCAAACUAAACAUCAGAAGGAUAAUACAAUUAAUUUCCACUUUAUUCAAGCCGAUAUCGAAGAUAGUAAUAAAGUACACAAUAUAUUAAACAAUCUAGAAUCAAAUUCAAACAUUAAAAAUAUCGAUACAGUAAUACACUUUGCAUUUGUAACUGAUAUUAGUGAUGUUCAAGAUGUCAAUAUGAAUGGAUUAAAUAUGACACAUGGUCCAAAAACAAUUGGUGCAUUCAAUUUACACAAUGAAUCAAUUCAACGUGCAUGGAAAUUAAAACAAUUUAUAAUGGCAUCAUCUGCUGUUACAGUUACUGGUUCAUAUAGACAAUGUUGUUAUGCUAGUGAUUGCAAUACAAUUGACUCGCUAUCAAAAUAUAGAAAAUCAAUUGGACUACCAUCACUCUCUGUAAACUUAGGUGCAGUAUCAUCAACUGGAAUUGUUUCAAGAAAUGAAGCAAUGGAAGUAAUGAUGGAAACAUCAAUGUAUAAUUUUAUUUCAACACAACUAAUUUUAAGCUCACUAGAUCUCUUUAUUCAAGAUAAAAACAAUCAUUCAAACUAUUGUUUGUGUAAUUUUAAUUUUGAAAUUUUGGUAUCUUCAAAACCAAACCAUAAUUAUUCUAAACUUGACUAUCUAACCAAUAUGGUUAAAAAAUCACAUAUAUCAUUAGAUGAUGAUAGUAACAAUGAAGUUUUAAAAAAAAAAGUUAUAAAUAAAAUAUCAGAACUACUUUCAAUUAAUGAGUCAAAAAUCAACUUGGAACUCCAAUUAACUCAGUAUGGUCUCGAUAGUUUAGUUAUUGUUCAAUUAAAGAACUGGAUAGAUAAACAAAUAGGUAUAAAUAUAAUUACAAUACAACAAUUACAAAUCAAUAGUAUAUCCCAAUCACUGCAUAUUAUUAUUAAAAAUUUUGCUGAAAAUAAUAAAAAGAAUAAAAAAAUAUAA